ACUCAGGGUUCCCACUCUUUUCCAGAGAUCAUUUUCCAGGACAUUUCAAGGACGUUUUCAGUGAUGAUUAGGCUGAGGCAUCACAAGACACCUGCUGGAUCUGGUUGCCGACAUGGCCAAACACUCAUGUUACAGCUCGCAGUGCUGGAGGUUGCAGCAUUACUCAGGAGCUCUGCAUGCACAUCUAUGGAUGCUGUUUGAAAAGUCCUCAGCAUGCCGUCGUCCAAUCAGGGCUGGCCUGAGGAGUUCGGCUUCCAGCUGGGUGGGAACGGACCAAGCUACAUCCUCUCUGUGGAAGAAGGCAGUAGCGCCCACCUUGCAGGUUUGCAAGCUGGGGACCAGGUCCUAGAGAUUGAGGGCCACGAUGUCUCAACGCUGGGUCCUCAAGCUGUCAUGGCCAUCGCUCAAACUCAGAAGAACAUUCCUCCAAGUAUCGGAGUGGUGUCCCGAAUACAGCAGAUGGACAUCAUACCUGGUCCAGAUGGCCGUUUUGGCUUCACCAUCGUGGGAGACUGCCCUCUACUGGUAGAAGAUUGCUCACCUUGCUCUCCAGCUGGCCGUGCAGGUUUGAGGGCUGGGGAUUACGUCAUGGAGGUCAACGGCAUCCCCGUCAGGCAGCACGAGACAGCAGCAGCGCUGAUCAAGGCUUCCCAAGGGAGGACGCUCCGUUUGGGGGUGCUGUGCCUCGGACAGAGGCAGAAGCACAGCAUCAGCAUAGAGGACAGUCAGAUGGGAGGAGACGGGGCGAGACUGGACCGUAAACAUAAGGCUUUGGAGUUCAACAGGAAGGUGGACCAGAUUUUGGGCGAUGACCCUGAGGUGAAAGAGAAACUCUUUGCUGUACUGAAGCAGUACGCUGCUGAGAAGAAAGUUGAGUGGUUGGCCUCGGUCCUGCCCGACAUACUCACCACUGAUGAACAUCGACAGCUCAUCUCCAGCAUCAGAAUCUUCAUCCCUAAGAAGCACCGGCAGCGCUUUGAUGAUUCUGUCCAGCAGAAUGUGAUCAACCGACUCUGUCGCAGCAAGAGCAUCAGUGAGCCGCAGGGUAGGAUCCGCCGCAGUCGGAGCGAAGAUCACUCAGAUCGCCACCACAGGUCCAAACGGGCAAGUUCGGUACCCAGAGAUGGAGAACCAGGAGGGAGAGGGGACGGGGAGAGAGACAGGGGCCAAAGGAAGUCUGCCUCUGGGAUGCCUUCUCAUCCCCCCAUUGGACCCAAUCAGAGGAUCAUUCGCGUCUACAGAGGGAAGAAGAACUUCGGCUUCACGCUGCGAGGCCACGCCCCCGUCUCCAUUGACUCUGUCAUCCCAGAUAGUCCUGCAGAGGAAUGUGGACUGAAAACCGGAGACCGUAUCCUCUUUCUCAAUGGACUGGACAUGAGAAACUGUUCCCAUGAGAAGGUGGUGUCCAUGUUACAGGGCAGCGGCGCGAUGCCUACUCUGGUGGUGGAGGAGGGUCCGUCUGACUACUCGUCAGAACAAACAGACCCAGAGGAAUCUCCUAGCAUGCCCCCCACCUCGAUACCCCGCUCCAGGUCUCCUGCCCUCAGCUCUCUGCAGUGGGUGGCAGAGAUCUUACCUCCCAGCAUCAAAGUCCAUGGGCGGACCUUCAGCCAGCAGCUGGAGCACCUGCUGACUAUUCAGGAGAGGUACACGGUCUGCAAAUCCCUGGAGACCUUCUUCCAGCACAGGAAUGUGGACACUCUGAUAGUAGACGUGUUUCCGGUGCUGGACACUCCAGCCAAACAGCUGAUCUGGCAAUUCAUAUACCAGCUUCUGACGUACGACGAGCAGGAACGCUGCCAAGGCAAGCUGUCACGCUUCCUGGGCUUCAAGAGCAGUGCAGUGUUGGAGCCUGAAGUGGGUCCAGGUCCAGGGCUUCACCGGCGGAGCAGCUCCAUGCGGGUGACGGGGACGUCAUACCGCAGCAGCAUGCGAGAAAGGAGCUCUGAUGACUGCAUCAUUGGGACUCACCUGGGAAUGGGGAUUCAUGUGGAUGAAUCUGGGAGCCCGGAGGAGAGGCAGUCUGGAGACGGAACCUCCUUCCCUGAGUCCCCUGACCUCAAUCAUAUGACAGGUGUGUACACGGAGCUGGAGGCCAUGUACACAGGGAAGCCGCCACAGCAGGGUGGCUCCCCAGCAGAGUCCGAGGGCCCGGGACAGACUGAGGGCUACGGGCGCCCUCUCUCCCCCCUCACACUCCCCCCUCUUACAGGGAGCCGUAAAUCAGGCCUCUCCCUGUCCUGGAAGGAGCCACUCCCGACUCCGGUCUAUGAGAUCCAGCACCAGAGCAGCAUGGACUCCAACCCCUACGUCAGCCUGGAAAGCCCCCCUGCGUCCCCCGAGCCCUCAGAUGUCGGCCCCAACACGCUGAACCGCCGCAAGAAGCUGUUCACCUUCUCCCGCCCACCUCGCAGCCGGGACACGGAUAAGUUUCUGGACGCUCUGAGCGAGCAGCUGGGCCACCGGGUCACUCUGGUGGAUGACUUCAUACCUGGGGAAAAUGACUAUGAAGAGAUAUAUCAAGGUGGUUGUCAUGGUUUCAGAAGAGGAGGGGUGCUUAUGAGUUUCCAGGAUGACCAGGAACUCGGCUUCAUGCCCCGCAGGCUCAGCAGCGGCAGCAGUGAGGAGCACAGCAGCAGCGAAGAGGUCUCCUCCCCCACCUACUCCUCCGAAUCCGAACCCAUCCCACCACCUCCCACUAUAAGCCCACCUCCCCCACCUCCGUUCCAGUCUCUGAUCCCCCCUCCUGUCCAAUUUACAGACCCUCUGCCACCUGUCCACUUCUCCCCUGAGCACAUGCCUCGCAGCCGGAUGCCCUUCCACCCGCACCACCCCAUCAUCCCUCCUCCCCCGCCGCCUCCCAGGACCCUCCUCACCAGCCGCUCCCCUCUACACAAAGUCCUCCCCACCAGAGAAGAAACAGAGAAAAGUCACCAGCGCUUCCAAGCCACCUCCAGCCGCCACUCUACCGUCCACACCAUCCUGGGCUCCUCCACCAUGCGCUCCUCGCAGCCGUCCCGUGCCAGCUACCUCCCCCGGCAGCUCAGCCAGCCCCAGCCCAUCCUCCAUCAACCGUCCCCUGAGCCGUCCCCUCCUCAGCCACUGAGACCGAGUCAGCUAGUCCUCCAGAGGCACCACCAGCUCCACCACCAGCACAGCUACCAGGGCCCGCUGCCCCCAUCUUUGCAGGAUCACAGCCCGACAAAGUGUCCAAAUAAAGGGUUACACUCCCAGACUCCAGCCUCUCGCUCCACCCUGCCUGGUCACACCAAAACUUAUGAAACCAUACGACAGGAACACCAGGCACCACAGGCACCACCGCCUCCGCCUCCACCCCUGCCCCCACCAUGUGACCCACCUCCGCUGCCCAAGUCAGACCUCAGCGCUUCGGACAUCAACCACAUGAGCGUGAAAAGGCUGCGCUGGGAGCAGGUGGAGAACUCUGAGGGGACCAUUUGGGGUCAGCUCGGCGAGGAUUCAGAUUAUGAAAAGCUCACUGACAUGGUGAAGUUCCUGGACCUUGAUUUGCACUUUGGGACUCAACGCAGAUCCAUGUCCCCAUCAGAGCCAGCUUUCCUGCCCGACAACUUUAAAAAGAAAGACGUGAUGGAGAUUCUGUCUCAUAAGAAAGCCUACAACGCCUCCAUCCUCAUCGCCCACCUGAAGCUCUCCACCUCUGAGCUUCGUCAGGUCUUGAUGAACAUGGCGACUGACAGGCUGGAGCCGGCUCACAUCAAGCAGCUGCUGCUCUACGCUCCCGACGAAGAGGAGGUCAAACAGUACGAGCAGUUCGACGAUGACCCGGCCAAACUGAGCGAGCCCGACCAAUUCAUUUUCCAGAUGCUGAUGGUACCUGAGUAUAAAACCCGUCUGCGGAGCCUCCACUUUAAGGCAACCCUGCAGGAGAGGACAGAGGAGAUGAAGGUUGCAUUUGACUACAUCUACAAAGCUUCAGUGGAGCUGAGGAGCAGCAAGAAACUGGCUAAAAUCCUAGAGUUUGUUCUGGCGAUGGGGAAUUACCUGAACAACGGGCAGCCAAAGAGCAACAGAACGACCAGCUUUAAGAUCAACUUCCUGACUGAGCUAAGCACGACCAAAACAGUGGAUGGGAAAUCCACCUUCCUCCACAUUCUGGCCAAGUCUCUGUGCCAACACUUCCCCGAGCUGCUCAACUUUUCCAGAGACCUGACAACAGUGCCGCUGGCUGCCAAGGUGAACCAGAAGGUGAUCACAGCAGAGCUGAGUGAUCUUCACUCCACCAUCCAGGACAUCAGGACGGCCUGUCUGAAGAUCCCGCCCACCUCUGAGGACCACUUUGCCUCCGUCAUGAGUAGUUUCUUGGAGAACAGCCACCCUUCAAUCCAGUCUCUGGAGUCCCUGCAGACCAGAACCAUGGAGGAGUUCUCCAAGGUGGCAUCCUACUUUGGAGAGGACAGCAAGUCCACCAAAACAGAAGCCUUCUUUGCCAUCUUUGCAGACUUCGUGUCCAAGUUUGAGAGAGCUCUCAGUGAGACCCAGACUCCUGAAAACCCCAGAAGCCCCAGACUGUCUUCCCCUCUGGCCUGGUAGAAGCAAGGAUAUGUUGUGCGGUGUAUGUCAGGCCAAACUGACGAGGCCGGUCAGCUCCAUUUUCACUCUGCUCUCCACAACCAAAGUGCCAAGAUCACACACAGACACUCAGCCCCACGGGAACAGAGAGCACGUCACUUAAAGCAGGAAAGAAACCACUCUGUAUCUCUCUGUAGAGAAUAACUGAUGUUAACGAGUGUCCUGUGUGCAGCGUCGCUGUUAUUUCAGGUGCUGGAGGAGCAGGAACAUUCAGGUGUCCAACAGUCAUCAGGAUCUCACUGCACACUGACUACUCACACCAGUCUGAACAUUAUUUACAUCUCUUUUUAACACUCAUUAUUUCGUCAGUAGGAAAAGACACAUAAGUGACACCACCAAUAUUUAUUCAACUGUUCCACUGUGUCUUGUUACGCCACUAAAAUGAGAUGUAAGUACUUCAAACUACUGGUCUGAAUAUUUACUGAUUAUCUGCUAUGUUUAAUAAAUGAUUAUGUAUAGAUUAUAUUUUCUAUCAGAUCAUAUUUAAAAAACUGUAAAGAUAAAGCAUAGAUGUAGACUGACGACAGAAAGCACAAGUGUAGUUCAAAGUGUAGUUAAGUUUAGAGUCAGGCCGGACCGCUCAGAGUGUUUGAUCGCACAGAGUUAAUCUCACUGCCUCCCAUACAGCAUGGUCUGAUUAGAUAAGUGAUAAUGUAUAGUGAACAGGUGGUUAAUUUAGAAUCCCAAUGCAAAGUAACUGUCAUUAUUUCCUGAUUUGUAAGACCAUCCUAAGACGGGAGCUAACAUUUUUGCCACAGUGUCAACAGGCAGAGGUGAAAUGUGCCAGCCUUCUUUCACAGGAAUGAUGUUGAUGUGAUGUGUGUGUGAUCACGUUGACCCUGGCAUUGCUUUUGCUGUUGGGAUUUUGACCUAUCAGAAUCAAGUAUUUCACACAGCUGCACAGUCCAAAUUACUGAUCUAAACUUGCAGGUGUGGCACAUUUCUUGUAAUUCACCCAAACCCACUUCUCUUUCAGACACAUCCCAUCUGUUGUUACUGAUAAUGAAUGUCUAGUGAUUCUAUUGAGGCCAAAUAAGGUCAUUUAGGGUUUCAAUUUUUUAAACAAACGAAAACCAAAAGGAGAAUUUGUAGAACUACUGUAGUCUUGAUUCAAAAUUAAAAUGAAAGUAUUGAUUUAAUAUUUGAACACUUUAUAGGAAUCAAAAUAUUUGAUGUCCUCUCUUUUUAGAGUGUGGUCAGUUUUGAGUUUUGUCAUUCCAGAGUCCUUUUUUUCAUAGUUCAAGUUGUUUGUGUGUUUAUUCAUCUUAUUUUUACUUUUGUUAUAUUUUUUUGUAACUUUUUUAAUGUAACAAGACAAAACAAACACAAUCAAACAGGGGCUCAGACAUGUGAAAUGAAAUAAAAUAAAAUUGAUAAUAAAAUGAAUAAAACAAACACGUAAAUAAAUUAAUAGAAAACACGUAAAGAAAUUUUUAGUUGAAAAAUAAUUUUAAAUGACAAAAUAAACAAAGAGAAGUAAUAAAAAUAAAUAGAAAUAGAUAUAUAUAUACAAACAAACACACAUGCACACACAUGCAUACGUAUAGUAUUUAUUCAUCUUAUGCAUUAAUCAUUCAUUGAUUUUUCCCGUCAUGUUAGUAAAGCCAAGCAACAUAACAUUUUUUUCUAUUUUAAUUUUUAAACCUUGUGAGAAAUAAUUAACAAAUUGAAAAAAAUUUGGAUCUAACAGAACAUUAAGAAACCAACAUAUCGUCCCUGUCAGGCAGAAGCCUUGUAUCUUCAAAUCUUCUACUUUCCAACAAGUAAAAAAACAACAUUAUGUUUUUCACAUUACUCAACACGGCAUGAGAGUCACCCACAAGCUUGGUUUAAUACUUUUCAUCUGUUCAAUUUUAGACAUGCAUUAAAAAGAAAUCAAUAGCACUGAUUAAUGCAAAAAAAAAAAAAA